GGACCGAUCUCCCUUUCAAACGCUCUCAAACGCUGGGCUGUGGGACCGGUCGCCUAAACAGCUGGAGUUUGUAAACAAACCUCAGCUGUGACUUAAGUGACUUCACAACUGCAACAGAAUGGCUCAUCAAGGAGUGUUUUAUGAUGAUUAUUAUGCCGGAUUAGCUUUUCUAGAGGACGAGGCAAACGGUGGAGAUGCUGCACUGGAUGCUGCAGCUAUAUUACUCGCCAGAAGAGGUGUACUGGUGCGUGAUUUGAUAGAGAGGGAACAACACGAUCGUCACCCAACCAGAGUCGAAGCUUACGUGGAAGAAAUCGUGCCCAUGUACAACGAUAAUGAAUUCAAAUCCCAUUUCAGGAUGAAAAGGGAAACUUUUGAGAGACUUCAGGAGCUGCUGGCACCACAUUUACCAUCAAGACAGGUGACUCCGGAGAAGAAAUUGCUGGCAAGUCUGUGGCUUCUUGGGAAUAAAGAGUCCUUCCGAGGAGUUGCUGACCGAUUUAACUUCAAUAAAGGAUUUCUUCACGGAAUAUUUUUUGAAGUUUGCAGUGCCCUGGAAGCAGUACAGGUACAGUUUUUAUCAUGGCCCACUAGACCAGAACAAAAUGAUAUUGCAGAAAGAUUCCUGCAAAAAACAGGAUUCCCAGGAAUUGUCGGAUGCAUAGAUGGGUCACACAUACCAAUUCCUGGACCAUCACACAAUAGAGCUGGCUAUAUCAACCGCAAAGGGUUCCCUAGUAUACAACUGCAGGCUGUGUGUGAUGAUAAUCUUUUAUUCCUUGACAUCAUCACAGGAUGGCCUGGAUCAGUUAACGAUGCCAGAGUUUUUAGAAAUAGCCCUUUGUAUGAUAUAUUGGAGAGGGGUAGUAUUGAUGAGAAUCAUCAUUUAUUGGGGGAUUCAGCAUAUGGUCUUGCCAUGUACAUGAUGGUUCCUUUCAGGCAUUAUGGUCACCUAAGUGCUGAACAAACCAACUACAAUGUUCGCCAUUCAUCUGCCAGGGUAGCAAUAGAGAGGGCAUUUGGUCUUCUGAAAUCCAAAUUUAGAAGAUUACAAUAUUUGGAAAUGAGAUUGAUUGAGAAAAUUCCAUCAGUAAUUUUGUCUGCAUGUAUUUUGCAUAAUUUCAUUUUAAAGACAGAAAAAAUAGAUAUUAAUGAGGUUUUAGAGGACGUGGCCAACUUGCAUGAAGGGAAUGUACAUGAAUAUGAUGGUGACCUACAUCAGGAUAACAGACUGGCCAUAAAUAAAAGAAACGAACUGGCAAAUCUUCUUGUCUGAUGAAGGGUAUCACAACACUGCUUUCCCUAUCACUAUGCUUGUUU